AUGAAAAAGAAUAAAUUCCUCAGUACCCUUCAAAUUUGUAUAUGUACCAUUUUCAUUAUAAUACGCAGUUAUUACGAAGACAUGCGUAACCAGGAUAAAUCUACAGGAAUGCAAUACAUAUUGGUCCAUGCGGCAAACUCCAUAAAUAGAAAUCCAUUAACAAAUAAUCCAGAAGAAACAUACAAAACGGUAGAACAUGAGGAAAUGCCACCUGGUUCCUAUCCAAAGAGUGAAGAAAAAUGUAAUAAUGAAACGAAAUUAACAAGUAUAACCUUGAGGGCAAACUGUACUCCAACUAGCAAUAUAGAGUCCACGAAAAAAAAAAAGAUAAUUUAUAUUCUGGAACUUUUGAAAAAAAUGGACAAAUAUGGUGAAAAAAAAACAUUCAAGUACUUAUCUUAUUUAUAUAGCCUUAAGAAGGAUCCGAAUAUGACUAAAAAAUUGUUCAUAAAAAAAGUACUCCGAAGAUAUGGGCUCUUCAUAUUCUCGCCUGUCAUAAUUAAAUUGAUAGUAACAAUAGUGCCUGCAGUAGCGUAUGCAACACAUAUCUUCAAAACAUAUACUUACCUAUUUCCAAUAUAUGUAACAUUCCAUAUAUUAGUAGCCCAUUUGUUAGGUGCAGCUUCAGUGCUAUCCCUUAUAUAUUUAUUAAUAAAGAAAGUAAAAUUUGACAUGAUAGCAGAUAGUAAUCCUAAACUAUGUUAUACUGAAUACAGUUCUUUCUUGAAACAUAUUUUUAUAUAA